AUGACUCACUGCGGAUGGAAUUCAACGCUGGAAGCCCUGAGUGCUGGGGUUCCACUGCUCGGCUGCGACCUCCGCUUCGAUCAGCCCGCCAAUUGCAAACUUAUUGUGGAGGUGUGGAAGAUGGGGAUCAAAUUGAGGCGGACGCAGCAUGGCGAUGGUGAUGUGACUUUUGAAUGGGAUGAGAUUGAGAGAUGUGUGCGAAGGGUGAUUUGCAGCGAUGAGGGUGCAGAGCUCCGAAAGAAUGCAGUCCAAUGGAAAGAGUCAGCGAAAAAAGCGAAGAUUGAAGGCGGUUCUUCUCACUCCAACGUCAACAGAUUUGUUAAAGAGGUAACGAAUUGA